AUGGACUAUUCGUACGACGAGGACCUGGACGAGCUGUGCCCCGUGUGCGGGGACAAGGUGUCCGGCUACCACUACGGGCUGCUCACGUGCGAGAGCUGCAAGGGCUUCUUCAAACGCACGGUGCAGAACAACAAGCACUACACGUGCACCGAGAGCCGGAGCUGCAAGAUCGACAAGACGCAGCGCAAGCGCUGUCCCUUCUGCCGCUUCCAGAAGUGCCUGACGGUGGGGAUGCGCCUGGAAGCUGUGCGCGCCGACCGCAUGCGGGGCGGCCGGAACAAGUUUGGGCCCAUGUACAAGCGGGACCGGGCUCUGAAGCAGCAGAAGAAGGCGCAGAUUCGGGCCAAUGGCUUCAAGCUGGAGACUGGGCCCCCGAUGGGGGUGCCUCCCCCUCCCCCACCUCCCCCGGACUACAUGCUGCCCCCCAACCUGCACGCAUCGGAGCCCAAGGGCCUGGCCCCGGGUCCGCCCGCUGGGCCACUGGGCGACUUUGGGGCCCCGGCGCUGCCCAUGGCCGUGCCCGGGGCCCAUGGGCCACUGGCCGGCUACCUCUACCCCAGCUUCCCUGGCCGCACCAUCAAGUCCGAAUACCCGGAGCCUUAUGCCAGUCCCCCACAGCCUGGGCCGCCCUACAACUACCCGGAGCCCUUCUCCGGGGGCCCUGGGGUGCCCGAGCUCAUCCUGCAGCUGCUGCAGCUGGAGCCGGAUGAGGACCAGGUGCGCGCACGCAUCGUGGGCUGCCUGCAGGACCCGGCCAAGGGCCGCCCCGAGCAGCCCGCGCCCUUCGGCCUCCUGUGCAGGAUGGCGGACCAGACCUUCAUCUCCAUCGUGGACUGGGCGCGCAGGUGCAUGGUCUUCAAAGAACUCGAGGUGGCCGACCAGAUGACCCUGCUACAGAACUGCUGGAGUGAGCUGCUGGUGUUUGACCACGUCUACCGCCAGAUCCAGUACGGCAAGGAGGGCAGCAUCCUGCUGGUCACCGGGCAGGAGGUGGAGCUGAGCACGGUGGCCGCGCAGGCGGGCUCCCUGCUGCACAGCCUGGUGCUGCGGGCGCAGGAGCUGGUGCUGCAGCUGCACGCGCUGCAGUUGGACCGCCAGGAGUUCGUCUGCCUCAAGUUCCUCAUCCUCUUCAGCCUGGACGUGAAGCUGCUGAACAACCACAGCCUGGUGAAAGAGGCGCAGGAGAAGGCCAACGCCGCGCUGCUGGACUACACCCUGUGCCACUACCCGCACUGCGGGGACAAGUUCCAGCAGCUGCUGCUGUGCCUGGUGGAGGUGCGGGCCCUGAGCAUGCAAGCCAAGGAGUACCUGUACCACAAGCACCUGGGCAACGAGAUGCCGCGCAACAACCUGCUCAUCGAGAUGCUGCAGGCCAAGCAGACCUGA